AUGGUGAAUGACAUGAUGGGACGAUCAUGGCUCGAUGAUCCGAACGAACUCUCCCACUCGCCUUCGUCUCAACCCCAGUUUCAUCACAGUGGUAGAAAUGUCUAUAGUUUGUUGGCACGGAGAGAGAUAUCUCCCAGAACGAAAUGCGUGCCAAGAAGGAAGUGGGGAGAAGCUGCUAAACGGAAUGCUGAAUCUCCAUUUCAGAUUAAAAGUGAGGCAGUGAUAGACGCAAGGCACAGCCUUUACUCAUGGGUAGAAGCAGAGUCUUUGUGGCAUUUAUCAGCCAAAUAUUGUCCUUUGAUGCCUCCUCCACGGUCAACCAUUGCAGCGGCAUUUAGUGCUGAUGGGAAAAAGCUGGCUUCUACGCAUGGCGAUCACACUGUAAAGAUAAUUGAUUGCCAAAGUGGCAGCUGUUUAAAGGUGCUGAGCGGGCAUCAAAGAACACCUUGGGUGGUUAGAUUUCACCCAGAGCAUCCAGAAAUACUUGCAAGUGGAAGCUUGGAUCAUGAAGUACGCUUAUGGGAUGCAAGCACAUCAGAGUGCAUAGGAUCACGUGAUUUUUACCGUCCUAUUGCUUCCAUUGCUUUCCAUGCAGAAGGGGAACUUCUGGCUGUUGCUUCAGGGCACAAGCUAUAUCUAUGGCACUACAAUAGGAGAGGAGAGGCUUCAUCGCCUGCAGUUGUAUUGAAGACAAAGCGUUCACUUCGUGCUGUGCAUUUUCAUCCAAAUGCAGCUCCAUUUCUUUUGACUGCUGAGGUCAAUGAUCUUGAUUCUUCAGACUCCUUGAUGGCACAGGCGACAUCGCCUGGUUAUUUGUGUUAUCCUCCUCCUGCUGUGUAUAUGGCAAAUGGGCAUUCCACUGAUCAUCUUAGCUUGGCGGCUGAACUUCCUUUGAUGCCAUUACCUUACAUGAACGUACCUUCAUCUGAAAGAGAUUAUUCGCGGGCAGAUUUUCAAGUCUUCAACAGACCCUUCAAUUCAAGUAGUGUAGAAGUGGAAUCUGCACCAAUGCAGUCCCGACUAGAUGCAACUGCGAUGGAUCAGCAUGACCGUGGGGUGUCUUCCAUGGAGAUGUCUCCUUCUAUACCUUCAGACACUCAUGCUGCAAUGGAAGAGACUGUAGCUAAUUAUUACCAUAAUGGGGUGCAAAGUGCUGUUUGUGAGUUCACAACGAAUACUACAGAAACCACUGAAUUUCAACACGUGGAGAGUUACCGGGGGAGUGGCUCUUCCAUCCAGGAUAUUUAUGGUGGUGCCAGCAGUGCACCGCCAGUCAUUUCCCAUUCUUUUGGAGUACCUGGAUCCAUUCCUAAUCAGCCUGAUAGGGUUCCUAGUGAAUUAAGACAACAUCACUAUUUACCCUUUAGAGACCCGGCAUGUUGGGAAUUUCCUUUUCUGCAAGGAUGGCUAAUGGGUCAAAGUCAAGCGGGCAUGCAUCAAAUACUUCCUCUUGGCAGUGGUGCACAUGAACAUUCAUCUGGCUAUGUUGGGUUGGGUUCUGCCAUCCUUACAUCUGAAUCACUUGCUCAUGAUGGAGAGGUUCCAGUGACUUCUUUAGCUAUUUCGUCAAGCAUAGAUCGAGCUUUGAUUUCAGAAAGACCAGUCCUUCGACAUCGUCCUUCACGCACCCGCCUGACUUCUAUACCCGAGUUCAUGCAAGGCGAUUCUAUCCCUUUUGUCGGUAGAAUACAGUCUGGAAUUGUGACAUCACUAGCUGCCAAUACAGCUGCAGAGUUGCCUUGCACCGUGAAGCUAAGAAUAUGGUCGCACAACGUAAAAAAUCCUUGUGCCCCGCUAAAUGCUGAAAGGUGCCGGCUAACCAUACCCCAUGCUGUCCUUUGCAGCGAAAUGGGAGCCCAUUUUUCACCUUGUGGGAGAUUUUUGGCUGCCUGUGUUGCGUGUGUGCUUCCUCAAAUGGAAACUGAUCCUGGAUUACUAACACAAAUCCAUCAAGAUGUCACGGGGGCUGCAACGUCACCAACUCGGCACCCAAUCUCAGCACGUCAAGUCAUGUAUGAGCUUCGAAUAUAUUCCCUGGACGAGUCAACAUUUGGUUCGGUGCUUGUCUCAAGGGCGAUUAGGGCUGCUCAUUGUUUAACUUCUAUCCAGUUCUCACCUACCUCUGAACACAUAUUGCUUGCUUACGGUCGACGUCAUGGUUCUCUUCUCAAAAGCAUUGUCAUAAAUGGAGAAACAUCAGUGCCUAUUUAUACAGUUUUGGAGGUUUACAGAGGUUCAGAUAUGGAACUUGUGAGGGCGCUUACUAGUGCAGAAGAUGAAGUGAAUGUAGCGUGCUUCCAUCCUUUGGCUGGAGGAGGACUUGUCUAUGGCACCAAGGAGGGAAAGCUCAGGGUCCUGAAAUAUAAUGGUGCUCAUGGCGUCAGCUAUUCCGGACCAAAUUUUUUUCCAGAAGAAGACAUGGUUGAGGUAGAACUGUUUUCUAAGUUGUGGUAG